UGCAUAGAUCAAAGAAAGUUUGACAGAAUUUACGAUUGGUAAAUCUGGUUCCGUUUCCUUUCUCUUUCAGAAAAAGUCAACAUGCCUCCAAAGAAGGAUUCAAAGGCUGGGGCCAAACAGCCCCAAAAAACUCAGAAAAAGAAGGAAGGAUCCGGAGGAGGAAAGGCCAAGAAGAAGAAGUGGUCCAAAGGCAAAGUACGUGAUAAGUUAAACAACCAGGUAUUAUUUGACAAGGCCACAUAUGAUAAGUUAUACAAGGAAGUACCAUCGUAUAAACUGAUCACUCCCUCAGUUGUUUCUGAACGUUUGAAAGUAAGGGGCUCCCUUGCUAGAAGAGCCCUGAUCGAAUUACAACAGAAAGGCCUGAUCAAACAAGUUGUCCAACACAGAGCACAGCUUAUUUACACCAGGACGACAAAGGGAGACGAUCCAGUUGCUUAAUUUGUAAGAAUAUAUUCUUAAAUAUAUAAUUUUAAGAAAAAA